CCAGGUUAAAUGGUAUAAAGCCUCCCAGCCACAACUGACAGAGCACACUCGAGAGGAGAGAUCAUAGCUAUCACUGCAGAAGAUGAAAACUUACAACAAAAUGUGGUUUUCUCUGGCUGUACUCUUUACAGCAUGGGCCUGUCUGGCAGACGUGGCACACACUGAAGCCUCAAGCGUCCGUUCCAAGCGACUGGUUGGGGGGUCCCUGGCACCUCGUGUCCCCUGGCAGGCCAUGGUCUACCUGAGUGACAGCAUCCUGGACGGAGGCUACGCAGGCGGUGCUCUCAUCUCUGACCGCUGGGUUUUGACGGCUGGCAGGAACCUUUUUGUCAGGAAGACCCGACAGGACACCCAUGGAAAAUCUCCCAUCAUUCCUAAGGUGUACCUGGGGAUCUUAGAAAAAUCAGAAGCUGGUCCCCUCACAGAGGCUGCGGUAGAGAAGGUUGUUCUUCAUCCAGCUUUCCAGAACCAUUCUGACUGGGACAACGACUUGGCUCUGCUGAAGCUGAAGGAGCCUGUGGUUAUGAGUGACAAAGUGUCCUCAAUCUCCCUGCCAAAGGAAAAUCAGCAACUGGCCCAGGAGGGGUCCAUCGCCGGCUGGGGCUGGGGGAUAUACCUCACCUUUGCUACAUCACUCAAACACGCAGUGCUCCCCCUGGACAGUUCCUGUAAAUCAGAAUAUCAGGGUGACUCGCUCAAACCAGAUGUGGACGACAACAUGUUCUGCACUGGACCAGGUCAAUACAGUGAAAAUGUAUGUUUCGGUGAUUCAGGAAGUGCUCUGACUAUGAGCGAUCCUGACACUCAGGAUAAGUACGCAGCAGGGAUCCUGUCUUAUGAUAAGGCCUGCUCAAGGGACAGGUAUGGAGUCUAUAUGAAGAUUUCCUCAUAUCUGCCCUGGAUACAGAGCGUCAUCAAGGGAGAUGACUGAUGACUAAGAUGUUUACAUGGCAGCAGUAGAGAAAUCAUAACAAUAAAUAAAUAUAUUGCAAUGUAACCACUCCUGUCUUGUCACUGAAAUAUUGUGAAUGACAUGUGGAAAUUCUGGUAAAUAAAUCCAUUAUUUGCAAUA